CAAUAGACUUUUUUACGAUUUGCGAACAACCUCUCGUUUUGAAUGAUGCAAAGACAUGUAGUUAAACGUUAUACGUCAUGUUCUUAACUGGAAUAGUUUUGUACACUCGUGCGGUGUGUAGUAUAGGGAUUCAGGCGCCAGGGACAGCCCUACAUGUGUUGCCGGCUCAGUAGUGGCUAUUGCGUGAGCUUUAGGUGCGGGCCGGUGUAGUGAUAGAACCAUGCCGACUGUCAGUGUAAAGAGGGAUUUGCUGUAUGACGCCUUGGGCCGCACUUACACUGAUGAAGAAUUUGAUGAACUCUGCUUUGAAUUUGGCCUAGAGUUGGAUGAAAUUACCUCAGAACGUGAGAUUAUCAGCAAGGAAAAGGGCAAUGUGAAGGCAGAAGGGGCCUCAGAUGUUGUUCUCUUUAAGAUUGAUGUACCUGCCAACCGCUAUGACCUUCUGUGCAUAGAGGGGCUUGUUCGAGGACUACAGGUCUUCAAAGAAAGAUUAGAGGCACCAAGGUAUAAGAGUAUCACCCCAUCAGAUCAAGGGCUGCAGAGGCUCUUCAUCACAGAGGAGACUGCUGUAGUCCGUCCCCAUGCAGUGGCUGCAGUACUCCGGAACAUUACAUUUACUCAGGAACGAUAUGAGAGCUUCAUUGAUCUGCAGGAGAAGCUGCACCAGAACAUCUGCAGACGAAGAACGUUGGUGGCAAUUGGCACACAUGACUUGGACACCAUCUCUGGCCCAUUUUUAUACACAGCUAAGCCACCUGCAAGUAUCAAAUUUAAGGCCCUGAACCAAAGCAAGGAGUUAACAGCCCCAGAGCUGAUGGAUUUGUACAGAGCUGACAGCCAUAUGAAGCACUAUCUGCACAUCAUUGAGGAUAAGCCUUUUUACCCUGUAAUCUAUGACCAUAACGGUGUGCUGUUGUCCAUGCCGCCAAUCAUCAACGGGGAUCAUUCAAGAAUCACCUUAAAUACUCGCAAUGUAUUCAUUGAAUGCACUGCAACUGAUCUGACAAAGGCCAAAAUAGUAUUGGAUAUCAUGGUCACCAUGUUCAGUGAAUACUGUGCCGAACCCUUCACUGUAGAGGCAGCCGAAGUUAUUCGGCCUGAUGGAUCGAGUUGUAUUUACCCUGAACUAGCAUACAGGAAGGAAAUUGUACCUGCAGAGAAAAUGAACUCUAAAAUUGGAAUCAGCGAAACACCAUCCAACCUGGCAAAGCUGCUCACGCGUAUGUGCUUAAAGUCUCACGUGCUCGAAGAUGGGGAGCAAAUCGAAAUAGAGGUCCCUCCAACAAGAGCAGACAUUAUCCACGCCUGUGACAUUGUGGAGGAUGCAGCGGUUGCUUAUGGGUUCAAUAACAUCAAGAUGGUCAUUCCCAAAACGUACACAAUAGCCAACCAGCUUCCACUCAAUAAACUCAGCGAAUUACUGCGCCAGGACCUGGCUGCUGCUGGAUUCACAGAAGCCCUGACAUUCGCUCUGUGCUCUGUAGAUGAUAUCUCUGAUAAGCUUGGGAUACCAGUCUCUGCCACUAAAGCUGCACAUAUCUCCAACCCUAAAACAACUGAAUUUCAGGUGGCUCGCACAACUCUUCUCCCGGGGCUGCUGAAAACCAUUGCAGCCAACCGAAAAAUGCCCUUGCCUCUGAAGCUGUUUGAGAUCUCUGAUGUGGUUGUGAAGGAUCCCUCUAAAGAUGUCGGCGCCAGAAAUUAUCGACAUCUGUGUGCUGUUUACUACAACAAGAACCCUGGCUUUGAGGUGAUACAUGGCCUCCUGGACCGAACCAUGCAGCUACUAGCACUGUGCCCUGGGGAGAAUGGGUACCAGACUGUGCCCUGGGGAGAAUGGGUACCAGAUCAAAGCAUCACAAGAUAUGGGGUUCUGAGUUUAGUUCAGACUUGGACACUAUCCGCAAGGAGUUUGUGUUCUUCCCAAAUCUACACAUCUGGAGGUGUCCUCCAGUUUCCUCCCAGACUAUUAAAGCAUAUUGCAAUUGGCUCCUGA